AUCCUCGGUUCGCCUAAAGUAGGCUAUGAUUUGGGUUUAGACGCCACGAGUCCUGACAUUCAUUCAUCCAAUUUGGGAACAAACGAAACGACAAAUUCAUUGCCACAGACCGACAAAAUUACGGCCGAAGACGGAACCGAUUCACAGCCGGGAUCGACGACCACCGGACCCAACACGCCGUUAGUGGACGAACCGUCUGACAUAUACGACGCCGCGGUCACCAGCGACCAGACCACUGUCCAGACGUCAUCGUCGUCUGACGUCAAUCCUGUCGUAUCAUUAGCUCAAUAUUCCAAUCAAACGGUUCCGAUGCAGGCAUACCCACAGCGCCAUCGGAUGCCGGGGCCGCCGCCACAACAGAUCCGCGCCAUUCGCACGACAAUCGGACCCCAGAAUCCCGCGAUGAUGGCCGCCGCCGGUCAGCGUAACCCCACUUUACUACCUCCACCCCCGCGGGGCUCUUUCCCACCGCCGCCCCGACCCGGUAUGCCUCAGAACUUUCGCCCGAUGGCC